AUGAAUAAAUUUUAUAUUCAAAUUGUUUUUUUUCUUUUAAUCAUCUCCCUAUUUGUGAAUAAUAAAACCCAUGAAACUGAGCUUGAUCCAGAAAAAUAUAUAAUACCCAAAUUCAAAAAUGAUACAAAACUCAAAUCAAAAAAAGAUACAAACCUCAAAUCAAAAAAAGAUACAAACCUCAAAUCAAAAAAAGAUGCAAAACCCAAAUCAAAAAAAGAUGCAAAACUCAAAUCACCAAAACGUUAUCUUACUUCAGAAGAAAUAUAUGAAAAAAACAAGCACCUAUUACACAACGAUCCCAAAGAAACUCUACAAGCGUACGCAUAUAUGAAUAAAGCUUUAAACCAGUUAGAAUAUCAUGCUACAAGUAAAGAUGGUUAUAAGUUAUAUGAUUUUUAUUGUUAUUACAAUAUUAAAUUUUAUAAAAAAAAACAUCAAGGUCAUACACUUGUUAAAAAAGUUGAAUAUACAGUUGUUAAUCUGAAUAAGUAUAAUGAAUUAAUAAACAUGUUUUGGGAUCCCGAUAGUAGCGAUUUUUUGUAUGAAGGCUCGGUUAAAAGAAAAAUUGUCCGUGUAUACAAUCCAAAUUUAGUAAUGAUACAACAACGUUCCAAAAGUCAUCGUCUGGGGCGUCAGAAAUAUUUUUAUGCUUUAGCUGCAAAAUUUAAAAUAUCAGAAAACAAAACUAUGAUUGUCAUGGCUUCAGCAAAUAUAAAUGAUCACAACCAUAAAAAUGUGAAAUCUUUUCGAAACACAAUAGUAGAAAAUGCAAAUUUAUUCAAAGCUAACAUUGAUUCUGAAGAUGAUAUUAGAAAUGGAAAAUUACAAAAAAUGUUCGUUAACUUAAAUGGAUACAUUGUUGAAAAAAAAAGAAACCGUGUUUAUAUCACCUAUAUCAACUCUAAUGAUGAACAUGCUUCCAUUUAA